AUGGUUACAGUGAUGGAGCUCAUAAAUCACGAGUUGGACCCAGAGGAAAGUCCACAGAUGUCUGAAGAGUCCUGGAGAGAGCUGGGCCUGAAGUGCAGAGAGAACCCUCUAUUCUGCAGUGUGCUCAGCACCAGUGGGACUCCGAGAGGACAGAAGAGAGGAAGGAAGAGGAAAACCAAUUCUCACAUCCGGUUUUCAGACACAGAGAGCGAGUCUCACAGAAGCUCCACUCUGACUAAGGUGAAGGACUUUCUGGGCAUUGUACAAAAAGUGUCUGCAUCAGGUCCCACCUCAGACUGUGACCCGGGACACGAGGACAUCACCUCACAGAGUACAGAGACGUCAGGUGAAUGCAGAGAGGCACAGGACGGGGCUGGACCAAACUGGACCAAACCCAGACCAGUGGAGGACCAGGAAGACCAGAAGGACCCCAAAGACCACAGAGCACAGACCAAACUGCUGUGGAGAUCAGAGGCGGACCAGGAGGACCCCCAGGACCACGGAGCACUGACGAAACAGAGACCAGAAGAAGACCAGGAGAGACCAAAUAACCACCGAGCACUUCCCAGUCUGGAGACCCCAGACUUCCUCCAGCCUCAAGCCUCUGCAGAGCUCACGUCCUUCGAGUCUGACUCUGCUUUGAACAUCUAG